CCGCCACCGCAUCGUCAGUCCGCGUCGAAGAGUUGCCCGCGACGCUUGUCUGCGAGCUUGAUCCCUCAGAUACGCUGCUGGUUUACGGCGUGCCGUAACACGACACGUUUGGAGGGACCGCCGCUGCUACGCGUGUGCCUGGUGCUCUGUGAACACUGGAUACUGUGCUUCUAGUGCUGUGACAAUGCGAAUGUGCUGAUUUUACAAGUUUACGUCUUCGCCUAAAAGGAUUUUUGACGACACCGCCAGUUCCGGAUCAGCUCAGCCGAACAUCGUGAUGAAAGUAGUUAGCCUACAACUGCCGUCAGGGCCCAGCAUGGAGCGGUUACCGCUACCAUUUAGCCCGACGGAACUUCUUUGGCGUUACCCAUUACCUUGGGCGCCACCUCCACCUUCACCGCUUGGUGAUACAAAGGCUCAACUACCAGCCGGUCUUCCUCCAGAACCAAGAUUAUGGACCCGUGAAGAUGUAGCCGUUUUUUUAAAAUGGUGCGAAAGGGAGUUCGAUCUGCCUAAUUUCGAUAUGGAUCUUUUCCAGAUGAAUGGCAAAGCUCUUUGUCUUCUAACUAAAACAGACCUGGGAGAACGUUGUCCAGGUGCUGGAGAUGUUUUACACAAUGUACUUCAAAUGUUGGUACGCGACGCAGCUCUGCUCGGUAGAGUACCAUCCUCGCCAGUGACACCAACUGCGCGCGCUGCGCCAUACCCACCAUCACCACAUUCACACCCUCCAACCCCUACUUGGGCAGUUGACGGAUUCCACCAUUUUCAUAGCGCCGCUGCUGCAGCAGCACAGCCAAACUCUGUGACAUUAAGUCCAGCACCCUCAGUUGACAGUUCUGGUAGCCCCCAAAGAGGAGAGGCUAUGAACUACGCCCCUGCAUAUGCUCAACCAGUAUCUGUAACAGCUCAAGCUGUGAGUUCUGGAAGUAAUCACUCGGAUUCUGACGAAGAAGCCCAGUUUUCUGCACCACGGUCACCAAAAGAAACUGCUCUAACAAGCCCUGCACCACAAACCCAUGUGGUGCCACAACAUUCACACUACAGAACUCAGCAUAGGGAAUUCUUUCCAAAUGAUAUGCCUGAAUCUAAUACAAAUGGAAGAUUACUGUGGGAUUUCUUACAACAACUUUUAAAUGACCCAACACAAAGAUACACAAAUUAUAUUGCGUGGAAAAACAGAGAAACAGGCGUUUUUAAAAUUGUCGAUCCUGCUGGAUUGGCUAAGCUUUGGGGUAUUCAGAAAAAUCAUUUGUCAAUGAAUUAUGACAAAAUGUCCCGUGCACUGCGAUAUUAUUAUCGUGUAAAUAUUUUACGAAAAGUACAAGGCGAACGACAUUGUUACCAAUUUCUAAGGAACCCAACUGAAUUGAAAAAUAUUAAAAAUAUUUCUCUUCUAAGACAACAAAUGAGUCCAACUCGGGUUCCACAACAACCUCCCGUAAAAACAGAAAUGAAAGAGGAACGUUGUGAAGAGGACAAUGUUGAUGAAGAUAUGCCGACCGACUUAAGUAUGACGGCAUCCGAGCCCUGGCGGAAGCGAGCGCGUUCCGACCCCGCCCCCGCACCUCACGAUAAACAUCGUAUCAGUGCACUCAUCGGCGAUAAUAUGAUGUUGAAGCGAGAAUCAGAGUAUAACACUGAACAUUAUGCUCUUAAUUUAAAAAGUGAAAAAUGUGAACAAUGAUUUUCAAGGACAUGUGACGCAGAACACUAAUAGUGUGAUUUAUGUUUUAAUUGUGAAAAUUACUCCAGCAAUUAUAUAUCAAGUCAUGUAACUCUCAGAUAUAUCGGUCUUCCUUUAAAGAAUAUAAGUGGAAUUAUCAAAAUAAAAAUAUAUUUAAAAACUGAAAGUGCUUUGAUCAAUUGAUAUGAUUGCUGGAGUUUAGACAGGGUAUGGACCUAAAACGAUGCCUUUGUGCCAAGUGAUUUUUAUCUAAUAGUGUCAAUUACAUAACUAGUUAGAAAAAGGGACAAGAGUUUAUUUGUGUUGAAGUCAUAGAGACUAUAUUAAUGUUUUGUGCAAUGGACAAUUUGUAACAGCUGACUGAAUCUUGCAGUUAUAAAAAAAAAGUUGCCAAAAUCGUCAGCAGCCCUGCGCCUAACCUGCGGUUCGCAGUGAAUUUGCAUUUUUGUAAAUUUAAUUAGUUACAUGUAUGUUUAUUUUUGUUUUUUUUUUUUGCUAGAUUGCUGAAAAUUUAAGAGUCAACAUAGAAUAUCACACGAAAUAUUAUUGUCUUCCAUUGUUUUAUUUUUUUUGGCAAAAAUCAAUUGUAGCAUGUGAAACAUAUUAUUAAAGCUACCACACCUUUAUACCUGUAUUAAAAUUGGUAACUUUUAUUUACAUAGAUUUUUUCAUGUACACUUGUUCUAUAAAUUAUGUUAUUAAUAUAAAUGUUGAAAAGACAAUAAUUUAACUAACCUACCUAAACAAUGCCUUGAAAAAUCAAUCUAAAAUUCCACUGUGAUAAAAAGUAUGAAGUGGUAGUCUUAUAGAAUAUGCUAGGGCUUUUACUCAAUGAUUUCCAGCUACAAUUUUCUGUGAUCUCUUAUAACAAUAUAGGUAAAUAAUGUAAUAGAGCGUAAAAAAUAUCGUGUUUGUAAAUAUUAGGUUAAAUAAGUUAGAUUUUAAGUGAACCAAAAGAGUGUAUGUAUGGUUUGUCAAACAAAAUGUGGAGCUUUAUCAAAGUACCUAGGUAUCAGUAAGAAUAGUUAUGAUCGAGUUUGUAUUUUUACAAUAAUUUCUAUUUGGCGUUAGCCGCAAUUUCCAACUUGUACACAAUACAAAUAAAUAUAAUCUAAAAUAUUGUGUCAGAUUAUAACUUAAAAUAA